GACAAGCCACGUGUCAUACAGCAUGCGUUUCAUAAUAGUACCACGUACACUGUCCCGUCAAAUUAUCAUUUCCAUCGCCACCACCGUUUUCGCCAUACGAUAAAAUGAUACAAGUCCUCGCCAUUUCUCUUCCGAAUUCUUCUCAACUGCUUUCCUGACUUUACUGCCUUCAUGGACUAAAAAAAAGGGCUCAGAAUCUCGCGAUAUGGACAAAUUCUCGUACAACUCGUACGCCGACUCGGCCGACUCGUCGCCGCGAUCUCGCGAGAUCGAUUUCGACAACCCGUCGCCAUGGGACGAGCAGCAGCACCCGCCGCAGAGCUACAAGGUGAAGUUCAUGUGCAGCUAUGGCGGCAAGAUCCAGCCGCGGUCGCACGAUAAUCAGCUCGCUUAUGUUGGCGGAGAGACGAAGAUCAUCUCCACCGACCGCGGAAUCAGGUUUUCCGUCAUGAUCUCCAAGCUCUCCGCCAUCGUCGGCGGAGACUUCACGUUCAAGUACCAGUUACCUGGUGAAGACCUCGACGCCUUGAUCUCGGUGACCAACGAUGACGAUCUCGAGCACAUGAUGCACGAGUACGAUCGACUCCUCCGUUCGUCCUCUAAGCCUGCUAGGAUGCGCCUGUUUCUUUUCCCGGCGCCGUCUCCUUCCUGUGGAUUUGGUUCCGAGAGUUCGACUAAAUCGGAUCAGGAUCGGUUCGUUGAGGGGCUGAACUCGGUUUCGAGUCGACCGGAAUCCGAGAAGUCCGUAACUGCUCCUCCAAAUGAUGCGGAUUUUCUGUUUGGAUCGGAGAAAGUAGUUCCGACGCCGCCGCCGCCGGCUGUGAAGGUGCGUGAGGGGCCGCCGGAGUCUCCUGAGCUUGAACCUCCGAUCAUUGGAAAUCAGCGCAUGAUCUCGUCGGAUCAUGGCGUGAAUCCGGCGGAGAUACAUAGACAGAUUCAGGAAUUCCAGAGACUGCAGAUUAGAGAUCAGGGACAAAUGCAGCUGCGGCAACAGCAACAGCAACAGCAACAACCGGAGGCCGUCUACAGGAGGAAGAGUGAGGACGGUCUCAUAGAGCCCGGAGGAUACUUCUCUCCGACCUUCACCCAAAAUCCGCCGCCUCCAACGGCGACGGUGCUGCAGCAGAUGAAUCCACCAGCUCCGGCGGGUUUUUGGCAAGGGAAACACAUCCCAGGAAGCGUCUUCCCGGCAACAACACCUGGACUGCCGGAGAAACCGCUGUACAUGAUACAAGGUUCAGCUCCGGGGACUGUCUACCACGGGCCGCCGCCGCCAGGCGUCAUGAGAACGAUGGCCACCGGACAGGGAAGCCAAGCGUACUACCCUCCCGUACAGAGAAUGCCACCGGAAGCAUACAGGGAGCAGCCGGCAUACAACAUGGUCCAGCCGCCGCCGCUGCCGCAGCAACCACCGGCAGGAACACAGGGAACAGAGAAGCACUUGCCCCCAGGUGUACUACACUGCGGCGGGAGGAGCAAUGGUUGCUUCGCCGCAGCCGCAGUACCACGGGAUAGGCAUGACGGUCAGCGGCAUGGGCGAUGUGAGAACCGGACAGGACGGGAAAGUGGCCAUGACAAUGUCUCCAAAAGUGUCACAGAGUUCAAAUUCGGCCUGAGGAUGUGCUGA